AUGGACCAUGCUGCGCUCGUGCCGAUCGCAGAUUUGCGGUACCCAGAGGACCUAGAUCGCAAGAUUCGUGUGGCAGGAUUUUGUAUAUCUUAUGAUGAGAAUACAGCCGAAGUUGUGCUCGAAAGCGAGAGACAACGACUUUUGGUCGAUGUCUCGCUCUGUAUCGAAGACCGAGCUGUGGCACUACCUCUUCGAUCCAAAUUGCUUUGUAUUGGUACUCUGGAAAGACGUGUCCUAUCUGAUACCCCAGCUUCAGGGCCUUCGUCUCUGCAAGAUCAUGUAACCAAGGAUGGCACACGUGUGCCAACGCCAAUGAUUCUCCACGCCAUUUUCUUCAAACAGGUAGACGACUUGGACUUGCGUGCAUGGAUCCAAGCAGCUCGUACCAUACGCUCCGCUUUCAAAUAG